CUCGGUCCGCGCCUGCGCCGAGCAGUAAGUUAGUAGGCCAGGAAGGUAUUUACUGAGUCGACCCUCAGUGCGCCACGCCGCGUCGCGAAGAUUUUUUCAACCGAGUCCAGUGCACUUUUUUCCCUCCCAGUUGUGUGUUCGCGCGGUUUUUUGCCCCCCUCGCAUUUCGCUCUUAUACGUUACGUCGCGUGCUCGAGUCGAUUCUUACAGUGCAAAGUGAGUGCAAGUGUUCGAAAUCCGCGAACUGAUAACGAUUGACAGUGUGUGUGUGAUUUUUUUUUUCUUUUUCGUGUAUCCUUUCCGAGAGCCGGCUUGACGCUCGACGGAUCGACACAAAAUGAAAAUAACUUACAGGACAUACUGUAAAUUUAAGCAGUGAAAGAUAGCAACGAGGUCCUGUCGUUUUUGCUAUCCUCGCGUUAAAGUCUCUCGGUGAUGCAGUUCCGGUUUCUUUGAUUGUGCUGAACUAGCUUCAGCGAGCGAUUUCUCUGGAUUAAAACCGAUUUAUCUUCGCCCCGGAUUUCCCAUCUAACUAAAAAUUGUGUACUGGGACAGAAUAUCUUACUUUGAUGCUAAGCAUUCAAGGACGUUUCAGCUUUUUUACGGAAACCGGAUGUGGGAAGGACAAUGCUAGAUCGGUUAGUUGCGUUGCAGCUACUACUAUGCUAUUGGUUAGCUACUGUAUUACCGCCUCCCAGUAUUUUUGGUUACGCAAGCACACUCAGUCCCGACCAAAGUUACAACCUCCACCAAAGUCUCGCCAAAGGGCGUAAAUUUGGAGGGUAUAGAAUAGUGCCAAGAUCAUGCAAAGACUUAACGACCGCCAACAAAGCCACUUCCGGCGUGUGCAUGUUCAACUACGAAUGUACUCAAAAAGGCGGAAGCGUAGUCGGCGCCUGCAUGGACGGCUUCCUCUUCGGUGCCUGUUGCCGGCUCCCGCCGGGCACCGUCAUGCCCACCCUAGGUUUACCAUCUUCCUCUGCCAAACCCAUCGCCUUCUCGCAAACGGACAAGACAGUCACCGUCCAGAAGCCGAUCAACUUCCACCCGGCAGCCGAAACGAUCCUCCUCCACAAGAACGGCUCCAUAGUGGAUAACCUGUACAGUCCCGAAGAGCUCGGCUUCCACACGAAGCCGCAGCUGGUUUCGCUACCGCCCACUACGUUAGUCAAUAUGUUAAAUUCCAUACCAAAGAUUAAGCUACCAAACCGGACGCCCUCGUCCUCCUCGUCUGACGUCUUCAACACGACGCCGAAGAACGCCGAGACGCACGAGGAGUACUCGACGUUCGACGCCGCGCCGACGCAGCACUUCGACGUCGGGUCCUCCGUUACGGAGCUCAAAGUGUCAGCGGCGCCGCUAUCUACGAACAACAUCAACGGCGUGUCCUUGUCGAAGAACACCCCGACGCCGACAUCGAAAGCCACUCAGAAGACCGAGUCCACCUCGGUGCGGAGUACGGCCCCCUACCACUCCUACCAAAGCACGACCCCCGCCUACACGGUGACCGACGAUAACCUCAUCCUCGUCCCAACUCUCACCGCCGACGACAAAAACAAGCACGAGUCCAUCAACCAUAUCAUCACUAUCCUCAACGAUACAAACGCUGAGCCGGUCCCGGAGCCCUUCUCGCAGUCGCAAUCCUCGACGCAGUCCCUCUACACGUGGGUGUCCAUCGAGGAGAAGCCGGAAAAGACAGCACAACCCACGACGUCCUCGUACUUCUCGACGUUGAAGUCGACGUCAAGCCCGCGGCCAUCCACCGGUCACUACUACCAUGAUACAAGCCACGGGCACCAGACGUACUCCGUGUACGGUAACACACACGCCGUGACCCGGCCGACCUCCACGAUCCACCAUAUCCCAGGACCGUCGUUCCAGGUUACUCCCGAGGUGAGCAUCACCCCCAAGCCCCAGAUCGGGACGUCCGCCGCCACGGAACCGGUCCCCACGGUCAUCGUCCUCGGCUCGCUCAACGGCGGCAAGCCGAGCAAGAAGCCGGGUGAGAUCUUGUACUCGUCGUUGGGGACGACGACGCAUUCGGUGAAGCGACCAGGCGAGUUGAUCCUCACCGGGAACCCGAACGUCGUGACCGGUCGUCCGCCGACCGGGAUCAUCAUCACCGCGAGACCCCAACAACAACAGCAGCAGCAGAGCAGCUACGGAACGGCGUCCGUCUACUCGCAGCCGAUCACGACGACGCUCGCCUCCAAACCGGUUUACCACGAGCCGGUCUCCACGAGCCACCCGUACACCUCGACGACGGAGAAGCUCCAGGACCUGAAGCCGCCCUCGAGACCGGCCACCAAGCCCACCGCCGACAAGUCGCCAUCUUACGUGCCAUCCCACAACCUAUUCUCAACUGCCAAACCCUUGCUGAACAAAGACGGAUACGUCCAGGCUAGCCGGCCGACGACGCUGAAGCCGCAGUCGAAGCCCAUCUUCACGACCGCGAAACCGGUUCCUCCGCCCAUCCCCUCCACGUUCGAGCCCUACGUCACCAUCGGACCCGAGGCCAUAGUCCCAGACGAGCUGGACCCCGUCACCGAGGAAAACACCUACAUCUCCGUCAAGCCGUUUUACCCCUACCCCUCGACGCUCCAGGACGCCUUCAUCAACUCCACCGAGGACCUAAUCGCUUUCCCGCCCGUUCGAGACCCCAACCACAACAUCUCCACCACCCAAGGCGAGAAGCCACUCUUGACAGCAACGACGACCUUCGUCGAGUACGGCGAUGAAGACAUCGGUGGCGCUACUCCUCAAUUCGUCGUCGACGAGAACCUCGACAACAAGGUUCACAGCUUCGUGGAGAAGAUCGUCCAAUCGCUCCAGGGCAACUUCGAGGACCUGGAGAAGGUUCUAAUCACCGGUGUGUCCCGACCCAACGUCACGCUGAGCAACGAGAUCGUCACGACGACGAAGAAGCCGAAGCCGUCGAAGGUGACGACCAAACGGCCGACGACGAACAAGAAGCCGACGAAGCGGCCGUCGAAACCGACGUCAACGCUCUCCGGGUCAAAGCCCUUGGUGACGCGACCUCCACGACCGACGACGACGGAGAUUUCAAAGCCGAUCAUCAUCACGACUAGUCCGAGUCCGACGAUAACGACGCCGAGUUUGUUCCAACCCUCCGUCGAGCCGGACGAGUAUUCCACCCUCUCGCCGACCAAGCGCCCUACGAAGAAGCCCUACCAACCACCCCUAGCGCCCGUCUCUUCGACGACCCUGACGAUUGAGAACGUCAUCGGAGGCGGGGAGGAGGAGAAUGACCUCUACUCGUCCACUGAAAAGCCCCCCGUGGAACCUGAUUAUAGACGAGAAUGUGGAGUCAGACCUUUGGUGAAGAAAAAUGGCCGAAUUGUUGGAGGUAAAGGAUCAACAUUUGGAGAAUGGCCAUGGCAAGUGCUGGUACGAGAGGCGACAUGGCUCGGACUUUUCACGAAGAACAAAUGUGGAGGAGUUCUCAUAACACAGCGACAUGUCAUCACAGCUGCUCAUUGCCAACCCGGGUUUUUGGCGAAUCUGGUGGCGGUGUUCGGGGAGUACGACAUCAGCGGUGAGCUGGAAUCCAAGCGGAGCGUGAGCAAAAACGUGCGUCGGGUGAUCGUGCACCGGCAGUACGACGCGGCCACUUUCGAGAACGACAUCGCCCUCCUCGAGCUGGAGUCGCCCAUCACCUUCGACGCCCACAUCGUCCCUAUCUGCAUGCCCAGGGACGACGAGGACUUCACCGGCAAAAUCGCCACCGUCACCGGCUGGGGUCGCCUUAAAUACGGCGGAGGUGUACCAAGCGUCCUACAAGAAGUCCAGGUACCUGUUAUUGAAAACAACGUAUGUCAAGAGAUGUUCCACACAGCCGGCCACGCGAAAACUAUCCUGAGCAGCUUUUUGUGCGCGGGCUAUGCCAACGGACAGCGAGACUCUUGUGAAGGUGACAGCGGUGGUCCGUUGAUGAUCGAACGAGAGGAUGGUCAUUGGGUCUUAGCGGGAACCGUUUCACACGGAAUUAAGUGUGCGGCACCAUACCUCCCCGGUGUUUACAUGCGAACGACUUACUACAAACCGUGGCUCCAAACUAUCACCGGUGUCGCAUGAGGUGGCUUUGAACUACUUUCUUGACCAAUUGUGACGCAAGGCUUUUGAAUCAGAUGCCCAUAUUUUAUAAUGCAGUCGAAAAAACUUUUUCAGUGACUUUCCUUACUGCCUCAACAGGAAUCUGUUUUAGACUAUUAUCUGACGACUCAAAACCAAUUAAGUUUGCCACUCUGCGAAAAUCAACUCGGCUUUUUUUAAAAAAAAACUCAUCAUUGCCAUCAGCAUUCAUCAGCAAUGAGAUUAUGCUUCUUCAAUUGCUUACAAUAAUCUUGCAGCAAUUUGGUGGAAGGCUUUUGAAGCCAUUUGAUAUUUGAAUGAAUGAAACAGCUAUCAUGGGUGAAGAAUUGGAAGGACUUAAUUUUAUUGAAAUUUGCGGGAGUUUGAAGUUUGAUAGGUACUUGGAAAAAAAUAAUAUUUAAAAUGUUUGUCCUGAGCUCCUUAUAAGACCAUUCAGAAAGCCAUGGAUUGUUUCAAAUUUGUUUAAGAUUCAUCUGGAAGAAAAGGAUUAGUGACUAAUUUUGAAUGCUCACUUUGAACGCUCAGUGAAGCCUUAUAGAAAAAUUAUACCAAAAAUAUUAGUUUUGAUGAUUUUUCAUUGUUGAUAUUAUGUAGAUAGUUAAGUUUUUCCCGUGUAAAAAUGUUUAGUAAAUGUUGAAAUUCUAUUAGAUGAAUGGAUUUAUAAAUAAAAUCGAUGUCAAUAUAUUUUUGAUAGUGGUACAAAUGAAUUUGUAUACAAAUUGUAAAUAUGUGUUCAUAAAGUUCCAAAUUUGUAAUUUUUGAUAUCGAAAAAACGCGUGGAUUAAAUUUUAAAAUAACAUGAAGUACCUACUUGAAGAAUAAAACUUUUUUCAAAGUUACAACAACCCGCGUGAAAGUUAUACUUUACAAAAAGUAAUAAAAAGAGUAAGUUAAAUUAACUGUAAAUUUAAAGUACGUAAAAAAUAAAUUAAACAACACGAUGUAGUGUUUUAGGUAAGAGUUAUUUUUGUGCCACUUAAUAUUUUUUUCUUUUUUUAUGUUAUAUUAAAUUUUUAAUGUCUAUAAUUUAUGACUCCAAUUGAACAAUUGAUAUGAAAAACACCUCCGCAACAAAUGGACACAGCUAUACUUUUAUAACAAACAAGUUUUCAUAUUUAUUUAUUUAUUAAUGUCACAUAUUUAUUUUUAACUUUUAACGAUUUGCAAAUAUCUUCUCUUACUCUUUACUUAAUAAUAUGGAAUCAUAUUCGAAGAAAAUUAUUACUUUGUUCAUUGUUUUUCGUUCAUUCAACUCGUUGUUUUGUUAUUUUUUCAUUAAAAUUCCUCAAUUUCAAUUCUGCUCAAAGAUGUCCGGGUGGAUUUCAAUUGAUUCGGACGACCUGAUUCUCACCAGAAAUGUUAUAGCUACCAAUCAACCAAAACUACAUUUACCAUAUUGUAGGAUGUUUUUGUACAUCUACAAUUCAAAUUUUAUACUGAAUCCACGAUCGAGUUUCAUUAGCGUUAUUCGCAUAUAUCUCGCUCAGUUUCAUUGAACGAAGUUGCGAGGGGCACCAUUGGUCACCUCUAAGCCAAGCAUGUAUCAAUAAAAGCAUGACACAACAUGUUAUAUGCAGAUUUUGAUCCAUGAAACUCAUCAAUCAUGAUUUUAAUACUUUCAAAACAAGAUACCGCUGGAUCAGUGAUUCGAAUUAAAUCAGUUUACCCCUUAUCCCUUUCGCCCUUGUUUUCUAUCCAGGUUUCUCUUUCAAAUGGUUCAUUCUUGUUGUUGUUAUUAUGUGUGUAUAUUAUUCCUGUGAUAUUAUCAUAUUUAUUUCACUUGUUCCAGUACAUGUUGAAAAAAAAAUUAACAUUCAACGAUUGAAAUAAAUGUUUGUGCAUAUUUUAUCCCUUUCUUUGUGUAUCAACAAUUACAAAAUAAAUCAAGACGUUAGACCGACAAAUAUAA